CUGGAACGAGUGCGGCGCAUUCGGAGACUAUUAACAUUAGCUAAUAAGGUUUGACAAACAUACUAACUUAUACAAUGUCGGGGGCCAAGGACAGAAUGCGCCACAAGAAAAUGAAAAACCAGCCAAGUAACGUCGUCUACUCAUCGCGGGACUGGAAAAGCUCCCAGUAUCAAAACAGUGGAGGUCAGAGUUCCCAACAUUCUCCCCUGCAGCACACCAGGGGGCCCCAGUCUGGGGGAUCACAGAAACCUGUAGGCUGGACAAGAGGCCGACAGGAUGGAGGAGUUCCCCAAAACGAAGCACUGCCCAAGUAUAUCACUGCGUCACUGUUUGCCAAAGCACGAGCUGCAGAAAUCAAUGCCAUGUUGAAAGCUGUUAACAAGCCAACUAGCACCAGCCACGUCUAUGGUAGUCUGCCAAAGCAUAUGCGUAGACGGGCCAUGAGCCACAAUACCAAGAGAUUGCCCUGCAGACUGAGAGAAAUGGCACACAGAAUGCUGGAGAAGAGUCAGCAGGUGGGAAAGAAGGAGCAGUCAAAAACCAAGAGUCGCCGUGCCCGUCGGCGCCAUGGCAAUUUGCUCUUGGAGUUCAAUCGACGACAGCGGAAAAACAAGUGGUUAGAGACUCACAUCUGGCAUGCCAAACGCUUCCACAUGCUAAAGAAAUGGGGCUACUGCCUGGGAGACCGGCCCACGUACAAGUGCUACAGAUCCAGCUACAGGGCAAUGAGCACCGGCUGUCUACUACAGGACAUAUCCUACUACUGUUGUUUGGAACUCUGUGGUCCAGAGAAGCAGCUGCUAAAUGCACUAUCCAGGCUAACCAGCAAAGAUGCAGGUCCGACCUUUGCGGCAGCAAUGUGCAUCUCGGGGCAGCGAGAGGGAAGCGUUCACCUUUACAAGCCUGAUCAGUACCCUCACCAGCCCUUGGGCCCUGUGCGCUUUCUCUGGAGGCCAUGCAGUGCUGGAUCGUCUCACAGACAGUUGUGGAUUUGGGUACAUCCCACCCUAAAACAGGACCUUCUACCAGAACUGCAGGCUGUGUGCCAGUGCUCUGAAGCAGUGUCCCCAGCUGUUGAAGCAGAACCAUCCCUCACUGCAACUGCCCCUGUUGAUGCCAGCUCUGAGCCACCGGGUACUGGAAGAAAAAGAAAAAGGCAAGAUGACAGUAGCAUUUACCCACCAGCCAAAAGAAUCCUAGGCGAUGGUACUCGAUUAUCUACGACUCCUGUUAGCUGGAAGUCUUCCCAAACAGACAUUGUGAUCAGCGAUCUCACCCUGGAACUAGUACGCUAUCGUCUGACUGGGCCCCUUUCCCACUCUGUACUGUGUGAGACACUUCAGCCAUCCACUGGCAGUGAGCCUGAUGGACAAAUGGCAGAACAUUCGCAGAGCGCAACAGGUCCGUCGCUUUUCUGGUGGCCAGAAGAGUCUAAGAACAAGGACAGCAUGUUCUUAAACCAACAGCAAGCAGAUGUCUUCCAGCUUUUAAGAGGUGUCCAUUCUACAGCUGAGCUUCCACCAGGAUGCGUGCUGGGAAUGACAGUAGAUGAUCCUAGAUUGACUCUGCCUGCAAAACGUGAAAAAACAAUGCCUGAACAGGAGUUAACCCAAAGUGGAGAUGAGAAGCUAAGAAAUCUGUUACUAAGAGGAGUUCCGUCUUUUUGUGCCCAAAGUGCUUUAUGGGAUCCGACUGUCCGAGACAAUGUAACGCACAACAAAAUCUCAGUGAAGGAUAUAAACAACAUGAGGAGAGAAUUGUUAGUUCCAGGCUCUAGGUUGCCAACCCCUGCACAGGGCAGAGUGCCGAUCCUGCUGGUUCACCAGGCUGGAAAACAGCAGGGAGAGGAGCGACCUGGUUGGGGUUCUGGCUGGGACGUAUUACUGCCCAAGGGCUGGGGCAUGGCAUUUUGGAUACCUUUGGUGUACCGUGGUGUGCGUGUUGGGGGACUUCAUAUGAGUUUGAAACACUCUCAGAAUAAAGGCGUUCCCCACUUCCCUCAUGAUUAUCCAGACUGUCCUGCAGGCCACCGCUUCCAGGAGCAGCAGGAGCUCGAACUGCUAGCAAAGUUUAAAAGGUACCCACCUUCCAAACGCACAAACUACAUUAAGCAUGGGUGCCUGGCUCCUUUCCGGUGCCCAUGGCAACAACUGGUAGAGGAAUGGGAUGAGAUAGUAAAACAAGACAAAUCAGUUCAAAUGGAAGGAGUGACCCCGCACACUGGAGAUUGCCAAACUUCAACAUCUGCCUUUACUGUAUUGAGGAGCCGGAGGACACUGAGGCAGUUGUCGAUCUGCUGUCAGCCACCCUCAGGUGCUCAACGAGUCCAACGUGGUGGUUCUGCACCCUCACUGAGCACUCUGUUCGACACGGCACAGCAGGGAGACCGGAGGCGAUGCCUAUUAUGGGUGCGAGUGUGUAUUCUGGGUAAGGGACGGCCUGCGCUGCAUUCGAUGCUAUGUAUCCCCACUGCUGAUGAUCUUCAGUAUUUGCGGAAAGACCGCCGGUGCAGCGGCCCUAUGGAACCUCAGCACAAAGACCACCUGUACCCCCUGCUGAAGAGAAGGAGCAAGAAAUGCAAAGCCACUUCACACGACUCUGUGCUUAAACAAGAUGGCACCAGCUCUCAUUUAAAAGAUGAUUCAAGUGCAAUGUCUAAGACGGAACCAGAAAAAUCUGACCUUGUUUCACUCGGAGAGGCUAAUCCUGACCCCGCCCCUGCCGAUAAAUUAAACUCGGUUUCUGACAGCAGUGACUCAUUUACAGGGCUUGUUCGUGGGUUAUGGAACGACCCACUGCCCAGUGUGACAUCUCAUUGUUCUCGUGUUACCCUGGGCUGGGUAACGCAGGGGGAUUUUUCCUUGGCAACAGGACAAGGAGAGGCUCUGGGUUUUGUGAGUCUGACUGGUUUCCUGCACAUGCUUCACAACCAGCCGGCUGAUCUGCGUGGCAUCGUGCUUCUGCGUAACCCCUCCUCUCUGCAGUACCGCUAUGCACGACUCCACGUAGAGGCCUGAAGUACUGCCAUUCACCACACACGCUUGAUACCAAGGUUUAAAACGGCAGAGUAGUUUAUGUAGCAUUAAUGCAGUUUGCUUUGUAAUUUAGGAUUCAUUUGUUUAUGUACAGAAAAAGAUCAUCAUUGAAUAGAAUAAUAAACCCAGAGAGGAUCAGAGUGAUCUGUGAUAUGCAGCUUUUUGUUAAAAUGUAUUUUUUUAGUUGCUGUAUAAUAAGCCAGAUGUUACUUACAGCUAAUUAAGUUUAUUUAAGAAAUAAAGCGGUGACUUAAAUUUCAUGUAAUAUAUUAUUG